AUGGUAUUGGAUGAAAGGCAGUCAAAAUAUGGAUCUGUACGUCGACACUCUGGCAAGAUCUUGUUUUCAGUACUCGGAUUUGUGUACUUUCUUGUGAUUGUACUCAGGACGAUUCCAGUACCGUGGAUGCUACAGGCAACGGAAGUCGAAAACGUCACAUCCGUAGCUAUUUUGGCUUGGACGUCGUUUUCAGUGGUAGAUAUCGAAAGAGAGUUUCGGUCGCCGCUCACACCAUGCCCAAAUAGGCAGUGCUUGGUGACCACCGACAGAACCAUGCUGGAGCGCAGUGAUGCGAUUUUCUUCCACGAACGCAACCUCAACCCUCACGACCUCCCAAAGCGUCGAAGACCUGAUCAGUACUUCGUGAUCGCCAACUGGGAGGCUCCAAACCGGCUGUUGAACACGACUUCGGCAAUCGAAAAGAACUUCUUCAACCUUACCAUGACGUAUCGUCACGAUUCAGACAUUUUCGUACCAUAUCUGACGUUGAUUAGCAGCGUGAGCCAAAGGCCACUGAAUGAACAACAGCUGCUGAAAUUGGCAAGACGAAAAAAGCAGUACAUCGCGUGGUUCGUCAGCAACUGCAAAACUCCAAGCAAACGAGAACUGUACGUAAGGGAGCUGCAGGAACACAUCCCAGUCGAUAUUUAUGGUCGGUGCGGCAAUUUAAAGUGUCCUCAUGACCAAAAGGCUUGCAAUCGCAUGCUGCGCAACGAUUACAAGUUUUACCUCUCUUUUGAAAAUUCUAUCUGCCCCGAGUACGUGACCGAGAAGACGUUCAUGGCACUCAGCAACGACGUCGUCCCGAUUGUGCUCAGUCGAGCCAUCAGUCAGCGCGUGAUUCCGAACGACAGCUUCAUUGCGGUGGACGAUUUCGCUAGCCCGAAGCUACUGGCUGAUUUCCUGUACUACCUCAGCGACCACACCACUGAGUACGUGAAGUACUUCAAUUACAAGAGAAAAUAUAUCGUCAAAAAGCCGUCGCUCCUCAGAAUGGGUAUGCAGAAAUUAUGCGAACUUAUAUCGUGCUCUGGUAAGCCGUAUAAUCAUUAUGUCCACAACUUUCAUACUUGGUUUACGCAAGACAGCAAUUGCAGCUCUGUCGUUUUACCAGGCGAGAAGGAGGCGGAUUAA